AUGUCAAGCAGCAGGAGGCACAAGCAUGAGCUGGUUUCCCUUUCUGAGGGAGGGCGUUACAAGUGCAGUGGAUGCAAAGAAAAAGGACGCAACGCCAGAUUUACGUGCACAAAGUGCAAGAACGUUAUGAUUCAUCAGCAGUGUGCCCAAUUGCCUGACGUCUAUGAAAAUUCCAUUCACGCUGAAGGUCAAUUAAAAUUUCGCCCAGAGACGUUUUUCACUCACAACUGCAUCGCCUGCAGGAAAGAAAUAGAAGGUUUCGUGUUCGAAUCUCCUUCUCGUAAUCUGAGGUUUCAUCCUCUCUGUAUCACGCUUCCUCUGAAUUUCAACUUUGGUGGGCAUAUAAAUCAUGCUCUCCAACUUUUCAAAGCUGGGGAGGAAAAAUACAGUUGCAACUUUUGCAAUCAGAGCAAUCGGGGUUGGAGGUAUGCCUGUCAGCAGUGCCCUUAUACCCUGGAUUUGAGCUGUGCAAAGCUUGAUUUGCAGGGGCUUCUGCACAGUCCUCUUAAGGACGAAGAUGUUAUUGAACACGGGGAUGGAAAUGACGGCGACUCCACGAAAAUCGCGAUUGAAGUUAUCAAAAUUGUUGCCGAUCUUGCUGGGGGAGGUUCAUCUUAA